GUUUGCAGUGUCUGGUGGCCGGGAGAACGAGAGCGGUCAAUAAGAACAUUCCUGCUCGCUCUUUUCUCCAGAGUUUCUAUAGACCAAGGCAGGAAUGUAGGUGAUUAAUUCCGAGGCUCUGCCGUUCGAUCCAAGCGCCCGCACACAGACACACACACACACACACACACACUCGCGUCUUGGAGACGACAGCGCCGUACCCCCGUAACCAAACCACCCAGCGCUGCUAUUAUUCGCCGACCCCCCCACCCCGCGAACUGAGCCGGACUUUUAAGUAAACACCAGCGAGCUGCUAAUGACAAGGUCUGCGAAAGGAAAACCCGCACUUCACUUCGCAGCUGGGCAAGAUCAGCCCUUCUCCCUUUCAGAUCAGCCCGUCUGUUUGGCUAAGCGGAUCCUUCCGAUCGAGCGGAAGAAAGCCGCGUUAAAAAAAAAAGAAGGAUCCCUUAGCCUUUUCCGCGCUCUCUCCCCAAGGCUUGGGAGGCGGUGGGGAGGAGAGAGAGAGAGAGAAAGCCUCCUUGAGCUGCAACUGAUUAAAAGGCUGCGUUGGGUUAGUUCUUGUGGCUUGCUUGGUUUUCUCCCGAGCCGAGAAAGGAAAGGCGGAGUGGUGGUGUGUGUUUGUGUGUGUGUGUGGGGGGGGGGUGGCAGGCUUUCCCCCAGCCGUCUCUUUCAACCUGUCCGCGUUGUGAUUCCGGCAGCCGCAGCUCAAGCCCAGCCGUUUCCUUGGCUUUUUUUUUUUUAUUUUUUAUUUUGGUGAAGUUGUUUGAGGCGCCCGCAGGAUGGGACGUUGCCGGCUUUCUCCGGCUGCUUUCCCAGCCCUGCAGUUGCUCGCCUGGACUUUCCCGCUGGUGACAUUGGCUUCGUUGCCGGACGAAACCUUAGAGAGAGCUUCGAAAUCCGAAGGCUACUGCAGCCGGAUCCUGCGAGCCCAAGGCACGAGGAGGGAAGGUUAUAAUGAAUUUAGCCUCCGCGUGGAAGGCGAUCCGGAUUUCUACAAGCCCGGAAACAGUUACCGGGUAACACUAUCUGCAGCUACACCAGCCUAUUUUCGUGGAUUCACAUUGAUUGCUUUGAAAGAAGGCAAAGAAGGAGACAAAGAGGAAGACCAUGCUGGUACUUUCCAGAUUAUAGAUGAAGAAGAAACACAGUUUAUGAGUAAUUGUCCUGUGGCUGUGACAGAGAGUACACCAAGAAGGAGGACUCGCAUUCAGGUGUUUUGGACAGCUCCUUCUUUGGGCACAGGAUGUGUAAUUUUGAAAGCAAGUAUUGUACAAAAGCGAAUUAUUUAUUUUCAAGAUGAAGGAUCUCUCACGAAGAGAUUGUGUGAGCAAGACUCCGCCAUGGACGGUGUGACAGAUAAGCCAAUCAUAGACUGCUGUGCCUGUGGAACUGCUAAAUAUAGGCUUACCUUUUAUGGAAACUGGUCAGAGAAAUCACAUCCAAAAGAUUAUCCACGACGAGCCAACCACUGGUCUGCAAUUAUUGGUGGAUCUCAUUCCAAAAACUAUGUUCUUUGGGAAUAUGGAGGAUACGCAAGUGAAGGGGUGAAGCAAGUUGCAGAGCUGGGAUCCCCAGUUAAAAUGGAAGAAGAAAUUAGGCAACAGAGUGAUGAGGUUUUGACUGUCAUCAAAGCAAAAGCACAGUGGCCUGCCUGGCAACCACUAAAUGUGAGAGCAGCUCCCUCUGCUGAAUUUUCUGUGGACAGAACACGCCACCUUAUGUCUUUCCUUACUAUGCUAGGCCCCAGCCCUGACUGGAAUGUAGGGCUUUCAGCUGAAGACCUGUGCACCAAGGACUGCGGAUGGGUCCAGAAGGUGAUUCAGGACUUGAUCCCAUGGGAUGCUGGCACUGACAGUGGAGUCACCUAUGAGUCAUCCAACAAGCCAACAGUACCUCAGGAGAAGAUAAGACCACUCACAAGUCUAGACCAUCCUCAAAGUCCUUUUUAUGACCCUGAAGGAGGUUCCAUUAAAUCAGUAGCCAGAGUUGUCAUUGAGAGGAUUGCACGAAAGGGGGAACAGUGCAAUAUUCUUCCUGAUAGCAUCGAUGACAUUGUUGCAGAUCUUGCUGCAGAAGCUCCAGAAGACGAAGAUGAUACUCCUGAAACCUGCAUCUAUUCGAAUUGGUCUCCCUGGUCAGCCUGUAGCUCUUCCACAUGUGAAAAGGGCAAGCGGAUGAGGCAGAGAAUGCUCAAAGCCCAGCUUGACCUCAGUGUGCCUUGUCCAGAAACUCAGGACUUCCAGCCUUGUAUGGGCCCAGGCUGUAGUGAUGAAGAUGGCUCUACAUGCAUGAUGUCUGAGUGGAUAACGUGGUCCCCUUGUAGUGUAUCUUGUGGCAUGGGAAUGCGAUCAAGAGAGCGUUAUGUGAAGCAGUUCCCGGAGGAUGGCUCCAUGUGCAAAGUGCCUACAGAAGAAACGGAGAAAUGCAUUGUAAAUGAAGAAUGUUCUCCUAGCAGUUGCUUGGUAACCGAAUGGGGAGAGUGGGAUGAAUGCAGUGCCAGCUGUGGGAUGGGAAUGAAGAAGAGACACAGAAUGAUCAAGAUGACCCCAGCAGAUGGAUCCAUGUGCAAAGCAGAAACCACAGAAGCUGAGAAAUGCAUGAAUCCCGAAUGCCAUACCAUUCCCUGCCUGCUUUCUCCUUGGUCUGAAUGGAGCGACUGCAGUGUUACUUGUGGAAAGGGGAUGAGGACCAGGCAAAGGAUGCUAAAAUCUGCUGCGGAGCUUGGAGAUUGCAAUGAAGAACUAGAACAAGUAGAGAAAUGCAUGCUGCCAGAGUGUCCAAUUGACUGUGAUCUGACAGAAUGGUCUCAGUGGUCUGAAUGCAAUAAGUCUUGUGGGAAAGGCCAUAUGAUCAGGACAAGAAUGAUCAAAAUGGAACCUCAGUUUGGAGGCGCUCCAUGCCCAGAAACUGUACAACGUAAAAAAUGCCGAAUAAGAAAAUGCUUGAGAAACCCCAAUAUUGAGAAAAGGCGCUGGAAAGAAUCUCGGGAGAAAAGGAGGAGUGAACAAGCGAAAGAAGAUGUAGAUGGUGGGCAAUUCCCAGGUUGCAAAAUGAAGCCAUGGACUGCUUGGUCAGAAUGCACCAAACUGUGUGGGGGUGGAAUCCAGGAGAGGUUUAUGACCGUCAAGAAGCGUUUCAAAAGCAGUCAGUUCACUAGCUGCAAAGACAAGAAGGAAUUAAGAGCCUGCAAUGUUCAUCCCUGUUAGCAAACCGAAGUCUUUUGGAUAAUGCACUCCUGAGCUAAAUGUAAAAAAAUCAACCUUGGUUUGAUUUUUUUUUAAAAAAACAGAAAAUAUAUAAAUUGUGUAUAUUAGUCUUCAUUUUUGCAGUGUGGUUUGCUUAAUUAGUCUUGCUGGUGCAAGAGAUCUAUUUUAUAAAUACUUCCUUACAAAUAUCUGCUGAGAGUAGCUCCUUAAUGCUCCAGCUAGCCCUUAACGCAUAAAACUAGUGAAGUCAUUGUGAAAUCUUAUAACACUGAAAUUAUAGACAUAUCUGUGUGGACAAACCAUAAUCAUAGAAAUAGUCCCUGUAAAUACUUGGGAUGCAUGCAGAAAUGAUACCGCAAACUUAAAUAUUUGGAAACCAUUUUCAAAAUACUGAAAGCAGUGCCUCUGUGUUUAUACAGCUGUGCCAAGGAAUUACUUUAAUAAUACUACAGGUGCAUAUUGAUCUUUAACCAUCAGCAAUGUAAAAAAAAAUGGUAUUUAUAGCAAUCCUUUGACAAUAUCCCUUUUCUUCUUCCUGCAAUUGCUUAGACCCCUAUUAAAUAAAUCACCUUAUGAUUGUUUCCAUUAAGAAAGGAAAGCAAACAUAAGCUGCCCAGACAGUGAAGAGUAAGGAGGAACAAUUUUCCAUCUGUAAGCCAUAUGUCAAUUAGCUAGUAAGCUGCAUUUAAAAAUAUCUUCCAUACUCUCUCACAGUCAUAUGCUAGAUGAUAAGGUACAGGAAAAUAUCCUCCCUUAACAAAUUCUCCUUGCGUGCAACAUAGCUAGGCAAAUACAUUUCAGAAGCUUGAGGGGAAACUGUGGACUUUUACAGAGUUAACCAGUGUAAAUAAACAAUAUAAAUACUCACAAAAGAUGUGAAUCUCCCCAGCUCUAGAGUAGCUGAUCUUAUUCUAUCCACCAAGCCCAGGAAGAACUAAGGAGCAUUUUAUUUUGUUUGCUUCAGAAUUUAAUUUUGCUUCUUUGUCACACAACUUAAUUUGGCUUCUAUUCCUCUUACAUAAAUGUCCCUGCAUUCGUCAUGUUUUUGCUUUAUUUUUCUACUCUGUAACUCAGUGGUGAACAAAGCACGUGCAGAAAAUAGCUGCUUUGUGGGAACAUGGUGUUACUAAUUUCCAAGCGUGCACACCCCUACUCACAAAGAGCAAAGGAAAAAGCAUAGCUAUUUGAAAAAUGUCAUGAAGUUGAAGGAUUAGAUAAAUGCCAGUACCACUGACAGGUUCCUUAGGGACAUCUUAGGAAUGAAGAUGAAAGCUCCUGUAUUUGUAUUAUAAAAUAUUAUUACAGGCUUAUAGCUUGAACUUUUAGAUUUCAGUUUCCAUAAUCCCUAGUCAACACAGAUGGUUGAAAAGACCGCCAUAAAAAAAAAUCAGAUUGUCUGUCUGCAAUUUAACACAUAACUAUGUGACAUGUUUUGCAAACGAAAAACAAGAUGGCUUAAAUUAAUAAAUGCCAAAUGCCAGUAUACAUUAGAUCCCCAAACAGAAAAUUUUAACUUAAAAGCAUGAAGCCUGAUCAUGUCAAGCAGGAACUGGGUCAAUAUAUUUACAGAAUUAACUGGCUUGGCCUUUUUAGAUAGUAGAAAUCCUUAGCACCUUGGGGGCACAUGGGGAAGGGUUUUUAGCUUCCAAAGAUUAGCAAUGUUCUUUUCCCCCAAAGAUUUAUGUACAGGUACAUAUACUUUCAUUUUUACCACUUCCAUAUGACCACACAAUCUUCCUUUUUAUGAAAUUUCCAAAGUUCCUCCAUCUAAAUCUAGAUAAGGCUAUGGCUCAACUAGCUUGCUAGAAAUGUACCCUCAUAAAUUAUAUUACAAUUAUUGUACUUUUUCAUUCUGAACAGCCAGUCAUUUUUAAUGUAACUCACCCAAAAACACUGGAGUCCAAGGCACAGAGUGAACAUAGGAGUUCUAUAGGUCCAGCAUAUGGGCACGUAUAGAGCAGAAACAUCUUGAAGCAGCAAACAUUUUCCAAGUUGCUAUCAGUAUUGGGAUCCCCAGUCUUCAGAUAUUAAAAGUUCUGUUGUUUUAUGAUGAUAAAUUAGUCAUCCAUCCAAUCAAAAUAUGCAUGAAAUGUGUACACUCCUCAUGAAUUUAACUGCAACAAACAGUUCCUUUUAUGCUGUGAUGUAUUAAAUAUUGCUGACUGUCUUAGAAGAGUGUUGGCUCUAGUGAACUAAAGUACAAACACUCUGCCUGAUUUCAGAGGAAUUCAAAAUUGGUAUUUCACUGGGGGCAGUAUUUGACUGACAGAAUGGUUGCACAGUUGCCUUUAAUUUCUUUAAUGUCUAAUAGUAUUAUGAAUGGUUGGCUAACUUUUCAAAGGAUUGCUAUCAGAAAGCAUGACAAAGCUUGCAGAUGAAUAUAAUUUCCAUCUUAUAUCAGUCAGUAGUUGUCCCAGUUCAUACUGGGGAAAAAAAAGAAAAUAUUAUAAUUUGUUUCAAAGGGAUUUUUGUCUUGAAGCUUGUGACUCUUCACAGAAUAAUACAUAAAAAGUAUCAGAAGAAAAUGAAGGGGGGGGAAUACAGAAGAAAUCUAAUCCAAUUAAAGUUAUUCCAUUCUUUUAAUUAUGGAUUUUAAUUAAGAUUACCUUGUACCACUCAAUUUAGAUGAAUUUAAUUAUAUCUAAUGUAUUGAAAUCUUUAAGAUUUCUUUGUUAAGAAACGAACUCAUUGUGAUAUGGAAUACGUAUUCUGAAUAUGUAUUUGAAUUGCUACAAACCUUGUAGUAUAAUAUUGGCUCCACAUCAACCAAUUAAAAUAUAUGGAGGAUUUUUUUUUUACAAUAAUUCAUGUCUCUUGCACACUUGAGAACCAAAACGCAGAUAUAGAGUAGCUAUAAAAAUUUUAUACACCUCACUGACCAUUUAUUAACAUUGGUAUAUCUUCUUGUUCCUCUUUGUUGUUGUUGUUUUUUUAAAAUAAAUAAUCUGUAGAAACUUUACAAGCAAUGAACAGAAAUGCUGGGGGGAUUACAUGUACAAUAGAUUUUAAUAAACACUACUUGGUUUUUUUUAAAAAAAAUUAAGAAAAGAUCCUCUUUUAUUUUAAGUUUUUUUGUUAUUUUGGGUUCGCAAUGAAAUUUUUGAGAAAACUGUUAUGGAUAUAUUUCCUACCAAAGUCUUGUGUAGAUGUUUUGUAUGUAGUUGUCUGGCUAACACAUUAUUAUUUUGGAAUAAAGACAUCUUUACUAUGAAAACAAAAACA